CUUUAACCAAUAACACAAAAAUGUACUCCAUCACCAAAGCCUACCGCACUACUGCCAUUGCCUCUACCUUCCAAGCUACUACCAGAAGAACAAUGACUGCAUUCUCUCACAUGUCUGACAAUGAUCCAUCCGUCCUCGAAAAGGAGAAGAACAAGUCUUUAGGCAAGAAAGACAAGGAAUGGAACGAAAAGUUGGCCUCUCACAGUGAAGCUGCUGUCAAGGCUGAUAAGGACCACGACAAGCCCGUUGAACACUUGCAAAAUGAAACCAUUGAACACCUUAACAAGAAGGACAAGGAAGACAAGUAGAUAAAAAAAAGUGCAACUAACUAGCAUUUCUCUACUCAUAACUGUAAAUAAC